CAUAUGCAUAAGUGAUUACGCUACCUUCCAAAUUCAAAGCUCAAAGUUCAAACCAUACCCAUCAAUUUCUCACCAUAACUUCAAGCAAAGAAACAUGCAAAAGAGAGUACAAUCCUCUUCAUCAAAUUACAACAACAUUAUCAUUGGUCCUCAGUAUUGUGUUCCUCAUUAUCUUGACCUAUCAAUUAUGAGAAAGGUCACAACAUUAAAUGAUGACUUCACAAUCACAGAUACUAAUGACAAAAUCUUUUUCAACCUUAAUUCUUCUAUGAUAUCUCUCCAUGAUCAUCGUCUCUUACUUGAUGCUACCGGAAAAUCCGUCGUCAUGACUCUCCGACGAAAGGUAAUGAAAGGACACGAUCGAUGGGAAGCUUUUCGAGGUGAAAGCACGGAGCUUAAAGAUUUAAUAUUUAGUGUAAAGAGAUCACUCAUGUUUCAAACAAAGAUCAAAUUAGAUGUGUUCUUAGCUAGUAACAUUAAAGAAAAUACAAGUGAUUUUAAGGUCAAAGGAAGUUGGUUUGAAAGAUCUUGUGUUGUUUAUGCUGGUGAUUCUCACAACAUUGUUGCACAAAUGCAUAAGAAGGACAGUGUUCAAAGUGUUGAGUAUGGGAAAGAUAAUCUCAUGGUUAGAGUGUAUCCUAAUGUUGAUUAUGCUUUCAUUGUGGCAGUGAUUUUGAUUCUUGAUGAAAUUAAUCAAGACAAAAUAAGACAACAACACUAGGGAUUACUAGGUUGUAGUUAUAAAUCCUAGUUGCAAUUCAGAGAGUUGAUUGAUACUCGGAAUUACUAGGUCUCUUUUUGUUAAAAGGGUUUAAAAAAAAGAGUUGUCUAUUUGUUUACUACCUUUUUCUUAGUGUAAAGAUAAAUUUUCAAAAUUCUUCUAAUGUAUUAUUUUACCCUUUCUAUUAUUGUCUUCUUUGUAGAGAUUUUUUUUUAGAAUAUCUUAAUACAUCCCUUGAAUAUCUUAGGUAUUUUAGGAAAUUUCAAUAAUGCCCUAAGCUUUUAUAGAUGUAUUUAUGAAAGUGUUUUUUUUUUUUUUAAAUUUGGUUUUUUCCACAGGUACAUCUACGGAAGCGUUAAACCCAUAGUAAAUGUUGGGAAAAUUCUAAUUAUUUCAGUUCAGCAAUUCUUCUGUAGGUACAUCUACGGAACGCGUUAAAAACAGAGUAUUCCGUAGAUGUAUUUACAGAACAUUUUGCUAUAUUUUCAAGUCAUAUGCAUUUCACUCAAAACUCAAUUUUUAUAACAUCUUUGAAAAAUCAAAUUAUAGUGAAUUAAAGUAAUGCAAUUUAAAGACAAUAGUAAAUAGUACACACAAAAAAAUACACCGUAUAAAUCGUGGGGCAUAAUGUAGAACUUCUGGGGAUCCCUAUCCUAAAAUUUUCCAAAAAAAAAAAAACAUUGUUAAUAAUAAGAAAAGUUAGAAACAAUUAAUCAAAAAAUGAAGAAAAAAAAGUAAUAAGUAAUA